CACUCAAAACUAAGAUUGGUAAAAGAAAGGAAAACAAAACACACUAUUCUUCAAGUACAAGAGACAGUAAGACAACGCGGAAAUAGAUUACAAGGCUUGAGUGACUACUGAAUAAAUAGAUCUAUAUUUAUUUAUAACGGCUAUUAGACACUAUCUAGAUCUAAGUCAAAUAAAAUUAAUUUUUCUAUAUUGCGGGCAAGAAUUUGUAGCCUAUAGCAUAGUGUUUGAGAUCUAGCCUUCUAGGUAAAGGUCCAAAGUCGUAAGAGUAAGACCUGUUACUUUGUGCUAGUGUUGGACAUCAUAAAGCUUUUGAGAUUGAGUUGAUAAUGUGGUCCGAAUUGUCUUUAUUAUUAUUGCACUUUAUCAACACACAUCAAAGCACUUUUCUUUAAAGGCUUAGGCUUCAGAAGAGGAUAGCGUAUACCAUAACCAGAAUGAAGACAUUAUAUUGUUUGAUUCUGUUUCUACUCUCCAGUGUAAAAGAAUGUCAAGGCGAUGAGUUCUGGGGCUUCAAGAGACUGGUCUUGAGAUCGGAUUGUUUCUCUCCCACUGCUGUGGUGGACUCUUUAGACCACAUCCUCUUCUACGCCGUGGUGAAGCGGGACACUAACGUAUUUCAGAAAGGAAGCUAUUUUACGCUGGAGAGUCUAGAGAUGAUCGAUGGCCGGGAAUUUAAAACAAAGAUUGGAUCAGUGUCAAUGUUCUGCACUGGCUUCUCCUCUUCAUUGGGUGGCACUCUCUCGGAAGGAUCCUGCACCAAUUCGGGCACUGUGCUCUUUCUGUACAUAAAACACUUGGCGUCCCGAGAAAGAGAACAGACUCGGUACGUAGGCACUUGGAUCCAGGACAAUCUUAGCACUGAGGCUGAACCAACAGAAACAAAAGUGAUGGCUUAUAUAAAUGCAACGAAGCUGCACACUCUAGAUUCGGUUGAAGUGUCUGUUACUAUCAACGACGAGGAAAAUAUAGGGAACGAUGAGCUCUUUAACUUUGAUGGUAUCAAAGAGCUGUCCAUUUAUUUCUGCGUUAAAGGCAUGAGCUACCCAAAGCUGACUUUGUACCUUGGCCAGAUGGCGCUGGAGUUUAAGAAGAUAAACAAAUACUGCGUCUUAACGCAGCUGACGACAAAGAUGAACCUGGCCGGUCAACAGCUGUUCUUUGUUGCUCAAGAGUUCACAGGGCCCUGUCGGAGGCAAUUAACAAGGAAAAUUAUACUCGUCUCGUCUCCGUCCAUCAACUUCUCCACAUCGACAUCUACAAGCAUCCUGAUCCAGUACACAAACAGUAUUGAAGUAUCUUUGCUGUUUGUUCUAUUAAAACGACUGACUUCCUACUAAUCAAGGAGAAGACGAACUUGUAGCAAAAGAGCAGCAUGAAGAUUGCCGCCUUAAAGAUUCGCACUGGAAACACAGACUCGUAGACAUAGCCCGGGACUACUUAGAAAGCCUAGCAACGCUUGAGGCUUCCCUUUUGACCGUCAUCUCGCCAAUUCACACAAUACGAGAGCUAGCUGGCUGGAGAGAUGCGAUACGGCAAACCAGUACAGCGUCCCGAAAAUUGUUCUAGCAGAGACGUAGCUAGGGUUUGGGGACUUGGGGGGAGGGCUUGAACUUUUUAGGAGCUCUUGCAUUUUGACAUUCAACAUCAUGACAUGAGAUAAUGUACUUUAUAAAUAUAUGUAUAAAUUCAAAUUGGUACAGUAUAUAAGUAAAAUUAAUGAAAAAAAAUCAUUAAGUCUCUAAAUGAAUAAUAAAUUGUUUAUUGUCGAGAUAAUGCACAAGUGACCAAUCUCGAUUCAUAUCUCCUCACGACGUGCUUUCUGUGCAGCAAGGGCAUCUAUAACAUCAUCAUCUAGGUCAGUGGUCUUUAACCCUUUUUGGCCUAUAGCCCCCUUUUCGUAUUUUUUCUUUUAAAAAAUGCGCCAGCGCCCCCUCUAAGAAAAAGACUUAUAAAGAAGCGUGAGAAGGCAAAUUUGAACAAAAUGUCAUUUAUUUAUUAAUUUUUAAGCUAUCAACAAAACGUAUCCCGCAUGGGAGACGAACGAAUGCCAUAGGCGAUCUUCUUAGUGAGCUUCGAGGAGGACGGUGUUACAGAGGUGUCUCCCGUAAGCGUUAUAAAGAUCCACUCAGCCGCCAUUUCGCCCUCCCUGGCAUAGAGAAAAGUUUCUUGGCAGCAUUCUCUGGCAGCAGAUGGCCUCUGGGAGAGACAGUUGGAGAGCUCUCACAAAAGCUGCUUGACAAACAUUUGAGACUCAAAGAAAAGCCAUUAUUGAAGACAUGCGCAAAGGACGGAAAGAAAACUUAAAUAGACCGCCAGCAGACAACGGUUUGUCUGCAAAAAAUUCUGGAAAAUAUGCAUGUCGCAACUGGGUUUGCGUAGUUAUGUGAAACACUGCAUUGCCUUUAUCUUCGGACUCGAAGACAUUGCCAUUGUUAUCAUUAUACAAAAAUUAUGUCAAAUAAUUUGCAAUGAUUACACAAAAAAAUUAAUCUCAUUGUCCUGACUUUCUUUCAAAUCCUAAGAAAAGUCUCCUUUUAAAUUAUUGAAUAUUUUUAUUUUUAAUAUAAACAUUAUUAUUGCUGAAUUAACUACAAAAUGAAAUUAAGCUAAUGGGAACCUUGUGCCACCUGCAGUCUGUCAAUAUUACAAAUUUCAAGUUUUAAAUUAGCCAAAGCAAGGCGAAGGUCUCCUCUAGUGGCUACAUCCAGUCUAUUUCUUUGCUUAUUCAUUAAGUUUGUUACGCACUAAAUCUAGGUCAUUCUAGGUUAACCAUGUUUGUUGAUCGAAAAGCUAAAACAAUUCCAUUUUCGACCACUGUUUUGGAAUUUUAUUGAAACAUUUAAAUGCAGCCAUAUCUCUGUUGUGCCUCCUAUGUUAACAUUCUUUUUACUGAAGACAUAAUUUUGUAAGUCUAUUUUUAGUGCAAACUUAAUUUGAACAUCAGUAACAGAUAAAUAAAUAUAUGUCAUUUAU